CGGACUGCGCGCAGACUCGCAGGGUCUCGGAACCAGUGGGACCCUAAACCCCACUUGCUCUUUUGGGACGCCGACCUGCCUUGAGGCUGCCCCGCCAUGACAUCGAGGCUCUGAGCGUCGCAAGACCUGCCUACGAGAAACCGGACCAUAGGCUGGUAGGCUGCCUACAAGCUACAGACACGCCCAAGAUGAAGCAGAGAUUCUCGUCCCUAGAUGUCAAGGUCAUUUCGCACGAGCUUGCCGAAGCACUCGUCUCUCUGCGCCUGUCCAACAUCUACGAUCUCAAUUCCAAGAUCCUCCUUCUCAAGUUUGCGAAACCAAACAGCAGGCAGCAGUUGCUCAUUGAGUCCGGUUUCCGCUGCCAUCUGACCGAUUUUGCCCGUGCCGCAGCUCCCGCACCAAGCCAGUUCGUCUCGCGUCUGCGCAAGUUCCUCAAGACCCGCCGAGUCACGGCCGUCUCCCAGAUUGGCACAGACCGCAUCAUAGAAAUCCAGUUCAGUGAUGGAGCUUACCGGCUUUACCUCGAGUUCUUCGCCAGCGGCAAUAUCAUCUUGACAGAUGCAGAACUCAAGAUCCUCGCCCUGCUACGCAAUGUACCCGAGGGAGAAGGGCAAGAACCCCAGCGGGUGGGCUUGACCUACACGUUGGAGAACCGGCAGAACUUUGGAGGUGUUCCUCCCUUGACGAAAGAGCGCCUCCGCGAUGCUCUGAGGACUGCGUUGGCGCAAGCCGAGUCGAAGAAGGCGAAGAAAAAGACUUCGGACGAACUCAGACGAGGUCUCGUAACAACAAUAACCGAGCUGCCGCCAGUUCUCAUCGACCAUGCAUUCCGCCUGGCAAACUUCGAUCCAGCCAUUAAGCCGGCCGAGAUCCUGGAGGACGAGUCGCUGUUGGACGCGUUGUUUCAGUCUCUGGAGCGAGGCCGUUCAAUCUUGGACGAUGUCAUCAGUUCCUCCACCACCAAGGGCUACAUCAUCGCAAAGCCCAACCCCCGCGCUCAAGAGCCGGUAGCGGAGGGUGAGGAUGCGCAGAUCAGCAGGCCGCGCAACUUGCUGUAUGAGGACUUCCAGCCAUUCCUACCUAAGCAGUUUGAGGACGAUCCUAGCUGCCAGGUACUGAGCUUCGACGGUUACAACAAGACAGUCGACGAGUUCUUCUCCUCGCUUGAGGGCCAGAAGCUCGAAUCGCGCUUGCAAGAACGCGAGGCCAUAGCUAAGCGGAAACUCGAAGCCGCGCGCCGGGAUCAGGAGCAACGAAUCGAGGGCCUUCAGGAAGCGCAGAUGCUGAACCUACGCAAGGCGGCAGCCAUCGAGGCCAACAUCGAACGGGUUCAGGAAGCCAUGGACGCCGUCAAUGGCCUACUCCAGCAAGGCAUGGAUUGGGUAGACGUCAACAAACUGGUCGAGCGCGAGCAAAAAUUGCACAACCCUGUCGCCGAGAUCAUCCAGCUUCCAAUGAGGCUGCAUGAAAACGUGAUUACGCUGCUGCUCGGCGAGGAAGAGGAGGAAGGCGAGGCCGAGGACAAGUUGGACUUUGACUACGACACUGACGAAGAAGCAGCCGACGAUGGCGUACCAGACAAGGCCAAGGGGCCUGCUAAGCGGCUCGCCAUCGACAUUAACCUCAAGCUUUCCCCUUGGAACAACGCGCGAGAAUACUACGAGCAGAAGCGAACAGCAGCCGAAAAACAGCAAAAGACUGUUCAGCAGUCCGAGAUCGCACUCAAGAAUGCGGAACAGAAAAUCGCCGAAGACCUCAAGAAAGGACUGAAGCAGGAGAAGCCCGUGCUUCAGCCCAUUAGGAAGCAGUUAUGGUUCGAGAAGUUCAUCUGGUUUAUAUCGUCGGACGGCUAUCUCGUCCUCGGUGGGCGUGAUGCCCAGCAGAAUGAGAUCCUCUACAAGCGGUACCUGAGGAAAGGCGACGUCUAUGUCCACGCAGACAUGCACGGGGCGCCGACCGUCAUCGUCAAGAACAACCCGAAAACGCCCGACGCCCCCAUCCCACCCUCAACGCUCGCUCAGGCAGGCAGCCUGUCUGUGUGUUGCUCGAACGCCUGGGACUCGAAAGCGGCAAUGGGUGCCUACUGGGUGAAUGCCGAUCAGGUGUCCAAGUCGGCACCCGCGGGCGAAUACCUUCCCGUCGGUUCCUUUAUGGUCCGGGGGAAGCGCAAUCCCCUCCCGCCAGCGCUACUCAUGCUCGGCUUCGGGUUGAUGUUCAAGGUUUCCGAGGAGAGCAAGGCCAGGCAUGUCAAGCAUAGACUAUAUGACGCAGAUGUUGGCACGGCUGGCGCGGCGCCUGUGAGUGUCGCCACUGAAGUUGAGGCCGAUGCCACAUCUGAGAAAGGGGACCUCGGAGACAGCAGCGAUGAAGAGGGAGACGAGGAAAAUCGCGCGAGGGCAAAUCCUCUGCAAUCGGGGGCGGCGAAUGGAGAAGAGACCACGCCCGAUUCAGAGCAAGGCACCAAGGAGGAACCCGGCCCGCCGACCGAGGAGAUGGCGCAUCUCGACGUCAAUGCAGACGCUCCUGCCGGUACGGCACCCGAGGAACAGGACGCCCAGCCCGACACCGCCGAGGCAGAAGCCGAAGCAGAGGCAGAACCAGAGCCAGAGCCAGAGCCAGAGCCAGAAGAAAAAGCAGAAACAGAAGCAGAGCAGUCAAAACCUUCCACCCGCCCAGAAACACCCUCCACCGUGUCCCAACAGCCACAAAAGAAACAACAGCCGCUCAAGCGCGGCCAGCGCGGCAAAGCCAAGAAGAUCGCCACCAAGUACAAAUACCAAGACGAAGAAGACCGCGCCCUGAUGGAAGAGCUCCUCGGUGUAGCCGCAGCGCGACAAAAGGCCGAGGCUGAGGCCGCCGCCCGCGCCAAGCGCGAAGCCGAGGCCGCUGCCGCUGCGGAACGCCGCCGCCAGGCGCAGGAGCGCGCCAAGAAGCGGAUUGCCGAGCACGAGGAGAUGCGCCGGCAGAUGCUCGAGGGGGGCGGCGUCGACGGCCUCGACGACUCGGAGGCCAUAGAGUUCGGUCCGCUGGACGCGCUGGUCGGUACCCCCCUGCCCGGGGAUGAGAUCCUCGAGGUGGUGCCCGUGUGCGCGCCGUGGAACGCGCUCGCCAAGGUCAAGUACAAGGUCAAGUUGCAACCGGGGCAGGUCAAGAAGGGGAAGGCGAUCAAGGAGAUUGUGGAGCGGUGGAAGCUGGCCGCGGGCAAGAAAGGCGCCGUGGACGAGAAGUCGGCCGACGUGGAGCGCAUGUGGCCCAGGGAGGUGGCGUUGAUAAAGGGUCUGAAGGUGGAGGAGGCCUUCAAUGUUGUCCCCGUCAGCAAGGUGACGGUCAUGACGUCGGGCGGUAUGGCUGGCGGUGGUGGAUCGGGCGGCAAGGGGGGCGGGAAGGGUGGUGGCGGCGGAGGUGGGCAAAAGGGGCAGAAAGGGAAGGGAGGGAAGAAGAAGUAAGAGGUU